CAAACGUAACUGUCUUACGGGCUUUCUGCUGUUCAGAAUCAGCUUGUCACAUCACUCACAGCCGUAGUCGGAUCCUGAACUGAAGAUAUUUGCCGGAGUUGCUGGCCUGCUCCCUCCUUCGACGAGCAACUUUUCGAAACCUUCACCGAACGUUUCGAAUUCCUAUUCAAGAGGAAGUUUACAGCAUCUUCAUCUUUACAUAAUUCAACAAGAAGACAAACAAGCAAAGACACUCCCCAAAAUGGCGCCCGUUCCCCUCACAUUUGGCUGCGCCUCAGUAAGUAGCGACGGCCGCUUCAACACACCAGCGGCGGUGCAAGAGCUGUUCAGCGUGCUGCUCGAGGUGGGCAUCACGCGCCUGGACAGCGCGCAGCUGUACGGCGACUGCGAGGACCUCCUCGGCAGAUCCAACGUCUCCGCGCGAGGCUUCGUCAUCGACGGCAAGCACCCGGGCGGCUGGGCCCCCGGCUCGCUGGUGCCGGACAACAUCACGGCCAGCCUCCACUCGACCCUGGCGAGCCUGGGCGUCGACAGGCUCGACACGUACUUCAUCCACGGGCCGGACCGCGGCCUGCCCCUGGGCCCCGCCCUGCAGGCGCUCGACGGCCUCCACCGCCAGGGCCUCUUCUCGCGGCUGGGGCUGUCCAACUUCAGCGCCGACGAGGUCGCCGCGGUCCACGGGCUGGCCACCGCCAACGGCUGGCUGGCCCCGAGCGUGUACCAGGGCAACUACUCGGCGUUCGCGCGGCGGCAGGAGGCCGAGGUGCUUCCCGUGCUGCGCGGGCUCGGCAUCUCCUUCUGCGCGUACAGCCCGCUGGCCGGCGGGUUCCUGGCGCGGCGCGGCGCGGCCGAGCUGGCGGGCGCGGCCACGGGGGGCCGCUUCGCCGUCGACCCGGAGGACCCGGAGGGCACGAGGGGCGGCCUGGGGCUCUACCGCGAGCUGUACAGCUCGCGGCCCGGGCUGGUGCGCGCGCUGGCCGGGUGGGGCCGCAUCGCCGACGACGCCGGCUGCAGCUGCCCGGCCGAGCUGGGCUACCGCUGGGUUGCGUGGCAUUCGGCGUUGGAUGCCGGCCUGGGCGACUCUGUCACGGUCGGCGCCAGCAGUAUUGAUCAGCUUCGCAAGACGGCUGAGUGGGUGGCAAAGGGCAGGCUGAGUGAGGAGACAUGUGAUAGAAUCGAUGCUUUGUGGAGGGAGAUUCAAAAUGAGGCGCCGCUGGAUAAUCUUCACAAGUAG